AUGUCCGUGACGACCGUCGGCAGUAUCCCAUGUGAUCGGUUCGUUGUACGCUUUAGCUAUUUUCUGCCCUACCCGCUCCUCCUGUCGGCCGCCUACCUCAUGGCCGCGCGAGCGGUGGCCAUCUGGUCUCGAGCGCUAUGGGUCAUCAUAGCCACCACCCUAGGUCUCGUCGCAUAUUUAAGCGCCAUAAUAUACGCAACCAUCGUCCUACGCGUCGGCUCCAUCCGCCUCCCCGGCGAAAUCGCAUACGCAUGCGUAGACCUGGGCCCGAACCACGCCACGGGGAUCAAGGUAUCGAUAACGACGACGUACACCGUCGACUUUCUGUGCCUCGUGCUAAUCUUUGCGGGUCUGUGGCGGCAUCAUCGGGUGGCGCGCAAGUCGGGGCUUUUGAGUCUCUUGUGGACGCAGAGUCUGGUUCUGCUCGUCGUGGCGGUGGCGCUUACGGGCAUUCCGUUGCUGAUACUCGUAUGGGCGGAAGUCAACGGCGCCAUUCUAGCCAUGGGACUAGCAGUAGGAUACGUCCUAGUAGGAGUCGGCACCACGCGCAUGACGCGCGGGCUCUACAACACGCAACUCGCUCCUUCGGACAGUGCCCCGACGCCCGGCGGUUCCGUGCUGGCGCCGGAGCUGACGACGAUCAGCGUGCCCGAGUCGUCGUAUACGAAUUUGUCGUCGCUGGCGUUCUCGCGGCCGCGGGAUAAGGCGGGGAGUCUUGGGUCGUAUGAGAUGUCUUCGACUUGCGCUUCGUCGAGCAAUCGUCGGGGAAGCUUGCCUUGA